GCAAGUAACUGAAUUUCAGAAGCCCAUUUUAAUAGUUACCUCCACAAAAAUCAUAGUAGAUAAUUUGUUGUGAAAAAUGGAAAGAUACACUUAUUUAAGUUUCCUAAUUUUUUGUGGAAUUUUAUUCAAGCUAAUUGGAAUUUUAUCGCAAGAAAUAGAAAUUCCAGAAUUGGGUGGGAAAUCGUUGGAUCUUCAUCCACGUCAAAAACGGCUGGUUAAUAAAUAUACCUAUGAAAAUAUUGCAGUACCAAUUGAACAUGUUCCCUAUAUUGUCAAUAUUCUUGGAAAUGGAGCUACUUUAUGUGGGGGUAGUAUAAUAACACCUAUCACGAUUUUAAGCGCAGCUCAUUGUUUUGUUUUUUUCGGAAUGGACUACAAAAUCAUAUCUGGCUCAAACCGUGUUAAAAAUGGAACAGUCCACAAAAUAAUAAGGAAAAUAAUACCCAACAGCUGGAAUUAUAAAACUCAUGCGAGCGAUCUUGCUCUGCUCAUUAUUUCUCCAGCGAUUGAUUUGAUCGCUGGACCUAAUCGCAGAAUAGCAUUAUAUGACAGAAAUAUAGCAGCAUUUUCUCAUGGUACUCUUAGUGGCUGGGGUUGUCACAAAGUAAUAAUGGGACUGAGGUUUCGUCCUACCCACUUACGAUCAACUACUAUUCCCAUAAUCAGUCAAGAAGAGUGUCAAAAACUCUACGGUAAUCGAACAAAAAUUUUGCCUACACAUAUUUGUACUUAUGAUAGAAGUCACCACAGAGGUGCUUGUGCCCAUGAUGAUGGUGGACCUUUAGCACUCCUUGGCAAACAGAUUGGUGUUUUAGCUAGGAAUAGAAUGGUUUGGAAUCCACCUGUCGAGCUUCCAGAUGUUUUUAUAAAUGUAGCUGAUCCAGAUAUUAGGCACUGGAUCUAUUCUAAUGCUCAAUACGUGUAUUAGAAAUUAGUUUUAAAUCUGAAUCGACCCAAAAGAGCAAAUAAAGUGAUAAUUUUCUUUACAUCUUUUUAUCUUAAUUGUUUUAAGUCCUCGGUACCUCGGCGUACUUUUUUGAAAGCCUGCGGCGGCGCUAGGACUAUUUCUUGCCGCAACCGUAAAUUUGUCUAAUUAGAAUUAAAGGGGCCAUUUCAUCAGUAUUAAAAAAUUAAUUUUAGAAUAAUGUACUUUAUGUCAACAGAA